AUGAAGACCAUCUUCGCUCUGGUCCAACUUUCGCUGCUUGUGGUCCUCCCUGCUCAAGCCGACCUGUCGUGCUGCGGUGGACCUAACUCGACGACUUUUAACGUCGACGUCGCUGCUGCCGCCUCUGCUUCGACCAAUUUUUACGUCCACCAUGACGGGUACUCGCUCUCGUACAACUGCGAACGACGCACUGCCGACCGAUGGAACUACACGUUGGCCAAGGACAAGAAGGCCGCUUCUCGUCCGUCUUCGUUCUACACCGACCCGAUGGUGUCGAAGGAGUGCAACCAAUUCAAGACGAAGUCGUACGCCAGCACCCACCGUGGCUUCGACCGCGGGCAUCUGGUGGCCAGUUCCAUGAUGACGGACAGCCCCGAGCAACGCCGCGGGUCUCACUAUAUGACCAACAUCGCUCCCCAAGUCUCAAGCUUCAACCAAGGCAUCUGGGAAAACACCGAAGACAUCGAGGCGUGUUAUCGUAACCUCCAGCGAAUCUACACGUGGGGGGGUAUCUUGUACACGGACGACUCGAACGAUUACUUCCUGGACAGCCACGGCAUCCGCACGCCCGACUUUUGGUGGAAAGUGGUGCUCACCAAGGACGACAGCGGCGCCGACAAGAUCAUUUCGUGGUUCUUCCCCAACCAGGAGAACUUGGGGUCAUUGGACUC